AUGAAAGCCAUAUUCCCAACUAUCAUUUUCGUGGGUUCAAGUCUCUGGGGGUAUCAUUACGGAGAAAUCCCAUUCACCGGCAUUCGGCCUCCUAGCUCCCUCGCCCAGCGCACACUAAGCAGCCUUCAAUUAGCCGGUUCAGCGUAUGCUCUGGGUGAUCUUCUGCCAGUCAACGUUUCUUCCGCAGCCCUGGGCAUACCAAGUUCACUGCAUCCAGUCCAUACAUAUAAAGCUCCGGGGAUCUUUUAUCCGCCAACUUCCAUCAAUGAUAGCUCUAUUGCGCCCGAGAUUCGAAUCCCAAAGUCUCUGCCAUCCCCAUUGGCACUGAAUGAGCUAGGGAGAGAACAAAAGCAUUCCUUCGAGAGAGUCGUGCUUGUUCUGAUGGUUGUCAAUUUUGGUAUUCUGGUGAAGCUAAUCUUGUACCGCAAUGAAGACCGCGCCAGCGAGAUCAAGAGCCACUAUGACCAGCGCGAACACAUUGAGCGGCUCUUGUACCUAUACGCAGGUACUCUACCCGUGAUAGGUAAUCAUAUACUGCGCCAGUCGAAUCAGAAGUUUGCAAAGGUCGAGGAAUCGAUCCAGAGAUUGCAUGCGAAGUUUGAAAGGUUUGACAGCGGGUUGCAAGAUUUGGAGGACCUCACCAACCCAGAUCGAAUAGACGAAGCUAUGGCACGCUGGAAGAGCUUCCACGAGCAGCUUAAGGAACUCCCCAGAGAAACCUCCAAGGCCCUUUCGGACAUUGUGAGGACUUUGGAGGCUUCGCUUGAGACCUCUGAGACCGAUGGAGCUAGUACCGGAGAAGACUGA